AUAAGGCUUAGCACAAAGUUGUGCACUUACCACUCGGUGUUUACAAGUCCUGUAUCACGCUAACUUAAUGUAUUACUUCCAAGUUAUGUGACUUUAAGUAUUUUCUGCUUACAAUUACAUCAAUUCUAAUAGUUUUUUAAUAUAAAUAUCUGUAUUUUGAUAAUUUUCUACACGGCGAGAACGAGAAUAUGGCAGUUUACAUGUAUUUACUAUCAGCGGUUGUCGCGUGCUAUGCGGCACUGCUGUACACGCGCUGGCGCAGACUGAAGAUGUACUGGAGCCAGAGAGGAGUACCGAGCCAUCCUCCUAUUCCCUUACUGGGGAACAUACAUUUGCUACAAAAAUAUAACGCUACAAUAUUGCUGAAGCGUGCACACAGCCUGUACAAGUCUCCGUACGUUGGCAUCUGGUUGUUCUGCAAGCCAGCACUGAUCGUCAAUUGUCCGCAAGCAGCGCACAGAAUACUGAUCAAAGAUGCUGCUAAUUUCAAACAGAGGUUUGUAAGGUCGCCCGCUAACGAUGCGGUCGGAAGCAAAAACAUAUUCACAUUACAGGAACCAUACUGGUCAAUGUUGCGAAGAAAAUUAAGUUCUCUUUUUACUUCGACUAAAAUUAAAAAUUUAUACGGACUAAUAAAAUGCAAAACCAACGAUCUUGUAUUGAGAAUUAACAACGACAUGUCUGCAAAGAACCAAGUAAAUCUCAAGCAAUUAUUUAGCGACUAUACAACAGAUAUAAUAGGCGCGGUGACUUUGGGCGCAGAGGGUCAAGCCACACUCACUGGAGAGAGCAUUUUACGAAAAUUCACUUUAAUACUUUUGAAAUUUGAUUUACUCAGAAAACUUACUUGGAUUGUUUUGUUUUUUGACGCUAAUAUUAUAGACAAUUAUUUAUGGUUUCUGAAGGCUAAAGCAUUUCCAAACUCGACAAUUGCUUUCUUUCGUAAAAUAUAUCGAUCAGUUUUAAACAGUAAAGGAGGAUAUGAGGCUGAUAUCACGAAUCCUCACAGUCUACUGGACACAUUGAGGAAAUUAAAACAGGAUCAAGUGCUCAAGAAUAUUGAGAUUUCUGAAGAUAUGAUAAUAGCACAGUUGAUAAUAUUCCUGCAAGCCGGCUUCGACACCACCGCCAAUGCUCUCACCUUCUGCAUGUACGAACUCGCGUUUGAUCAAACAAUUCAGGACAAGCUUUUUAAAGAAGUAUCAGAAGGCAGACCUGUGACGGGUGAUGAUUAUCUUCAUACAAAUGAUAUCUGUAACUUAAGUUAUUUGGAUAGCGUUAUAAAUGAGACUUUACGGAAGUAUUCUCAGCUAGGAUGGAUAGACCGGAUGGCGGCGAGGAGCUACCAAGUAAAUGAGAACCUGACGAUCCACGCGGGAACACCCGUGCUCAUCAACUCUAUAGGGAUGCGCUAUGAUCCUCUCGUUUAUCCUGAACCAGAUAAGUUCAUCCCGGAACGAUUCCUCACUGACGAUGGCCUGGUAAAGAAGUCCUUUGGGUUCCUGCCGUUUGGAGCAGGCCCACGAAACUGCAUAGGUCAACGCUUCGCCAUGUUGAAUCUUCGUCACGCAAUCGCCUCUGUCAUCCUGAAGUACAGACUCCAACCCUUGCCCGACUCCGACCCGCCCUCAGAGAGCCACAUCGCCAGACAAGGGCUGUUCUUCACGCCUGAAAAGCAAUUAUAUGUGCAAUUCUUGCCAAGGCAGUAG